AUGCAAACAAAAUGUAAGGAACAUCUUGACUUACCUCAUGACGGCCUUAUCAGAGUUGCGGCUGAGGCUCUAGUUUCCAUCUCAUCAUCCCAAGGUCAUGAUAUGCAGAGUAGUGCUGCACAUCAUCUUCAAGAAAGAAAUCUUGACAGUGAGAAUGUCUCAGAAGUUAAGCGAACUGCCCAUGAUGAAGAUGAUGUGAUGGGUAGAGAAGUCAGGCGAGGAGGUCAGGCAACGAAAGGACUUCCAGGUCUUGCUUCUCUGGCAAGAAAUGAGGUGACUGAGGAUCUUCAGUUAAUGGAAGGGGUUGAUUAG